UCUGGGAGGACGCUUGCCAUAUGGGCCCAUACCUGCGACACUGUGGGCUAUGUGAAGGAUCGGCUCUUCGAGCAGCUCGGCAUCCCCGUUCAGUAUCAGAGAAUGGUGUAUGCUGGGAAGGAGCUCGUAAAUGACCGUACGCUGUCUGAUUACAAUGUUCGGAGCGAGAGCACGUUGCAUUGCGCCCUGCGC